AUGGAAUUAUUUCAAAUACCAGCGCAUGUUCUUGUUUCUCCGACUGUAGUUCCCGAAUACUGCAGUGUUGUUCUUGGAAUGCCGAUUGUCCCAAGCUAUCUUCCCAGUAGAAAUAGACUUUUCGGGUCAGGUCUGUUUACAUCGUUCACGGAAGAAAUGACAUAUUACCAACGAGCGGCAAAUCUCUUCGUCACAUUUUUAUCAAUGAAGUGGACAGAAUGGAUAUUCACCAAACAGCAAGUGCUUUUCCGUCGACUUUAUGGCGAACAGUUCAUUGAUCUGAACGAGAAAUUUGCGCAAGCAACUUACGUGCUGACCAAUGCUGAUCCAUUUUUUGACUUCCCGAAGCCAACGAUCCACAAAGUGAAGGAACUUGGAGGUGCUGCUGUUCCAAAAGCAGAACCAUUAAAUGAGCAUUGGUCAGCGAUAAUGAGCCAACGAAAGAAAGCGGUACUUGUAUCGUUCGGUUCCGUGGUAGCCAGCUAUGUGAUGCCAAAUGAAACAAAACAAGCCUUCUUGAAAGCGUUCGAUCGAUUCCCAGAUGUGACGUUCAUCUGGAAAUACGAAAAGGAGGAGCACCACAUUGCCGACGGGCAUCCAAAUUUAAUCACCGAUAAAUGGCUACCCCAAACAGACCUACUCGCGCAUCCAAAUUUGGUGGCAUUUCUGACGCACGGUGGUAUGAAUAGCAUCACGGAAACGCUAAAUCGUGGCAAGCCUGUCAUUGUGGUGCCUGUCUUUGGUGACCAGUUACGUAACGCUGUGCUAGCAAAGCGAGCCGGUUUUGGGAUAAUGCUACCGGUUUCGGAUCUUCAAGAUGAGAAGAAACUCAGUGAUGCGUUCGAGCAAAUUAUUAAUAAUAAAAAGUAA